UAGUAGCCAACUAACAUUAUGUUAAGUAACUAGCUAACAUACUGCUGUAAUGAUAUGCUAUGGGGUUCGUAAGGAUAGCGUAGCUAACAAAUUGUCAGCCAACAUAACGUGUAACGUAACUUAUUUGAAAAGUGAUUACUUUAUUACAUUGCUCAACAUUUUCUUAACAUUUGUCAUAAUUAGUUAAAGCAAUGAAUUUGUAUCCACUCUCGUCGGGACUUCGGCUGCAUAUUUUCCGCCAUUUACUUCAAAUCUGGAAAAGUUGUGAAGCCACGCCCAUUUUUGAAGAAUUGCAUUAUGGACUCUAAAAGCAUGUAAAUAGUGUCAACUGCUUGUAUUUUCGUAUUAUGGCGAAUUGAGUACGACAUCCGGGAACUUUUGGCAUACUAACUAUAUCCAUACUAUGACCAAUAAGCAUACUACAUGAUCAAUUUACGUCACAAUUAGUAUGAGUAUUCUAACACAGCUAUGGUAUCAAUAACAAGCUGAAAGGAGCCACACGAUUCCCAACAUGGCAGUUUCUUGUCAUUCUUCUGCCCUAUGGAUGUGCUCACAUAAUUUUUGUGAUGUUGUCAGCCAACCCAUCUUUUACCAACGCAGCAUUGUAAAUGCAUCGUGUCCGGUGUUGCCUGUGUGGGGCCUCACACUCCCUCUUCCCGCUGUACUGAUGAUUGUUGUUGGUCUUUACAUGAUUUUCCUUGCAAUGGCAUUAUGGUUCCGCCAAUGCCUCAAGGAACAGUGUUCUCCUGAGUGUGGUGACUGCUGUCCAAAUAUCGCCCCAUUCGAUUACUGUUUAGCAUGUGCAGAGUCGUGCAACUGUCGCAUGCCAUCACUGCGCUCGUGCCUUGAUCAGACCUGCCCCUCUACCUGCCCCUCUCUUCCUAAUUGUAACAUGUGGGACUGUGCUUGCACCUGCCAACCCCCAGCAUGUGAGUCCUUCAACUGCCUCUGCUUCGAGAUCAAGUUCAGAUAGAGGGAGAAACGGAGGAGUGGUAGGAUGAAUGAUGAAUCCUAACUCAAGACGCACAGCAUUUUUGCAUAUUCACACAUUGAUGUUAAUGGAAAAUUUGUGCAUCCCUAGAGAAAGGGAAAGGGAAGACGGGGGUGGGUUACUGUGUUUAUGUAUCAAUAUGAAAAUACAAUCUGAAUCCUUCUAACACACAGCCUUAAAGUGAAAGUCUACAACCAGUUUAUGGAUAGUUGUGCCAUAUGUGUCCAAGGGAGAGCAACAUUAUCAAAGUGCUAUUACAAUAUAGGGCAUCUACUUUCAUUGCAGCACAAGUACAAUUCUGUGCCUCUGCAGCAAUCCAAUACACUCAUUGUACAAAACAUUAAGCUCACCUGCCUAAUAUCGAGUUGCACCUCCCCUCCUCCCCUUUUGCCCUCAGAAAACCCUAAAUUCGUCAGGGCAUGGUCUCUAUAUGGUGUCAAAAUCGUUCCACAGGGAUGCUGGCCCAUGUUGACUCCAAUGCUUCCCACAGAUUGUGUCAAGUUGGCUAGAUGGUGGACCUUUGGGUGGUGGACCAUUCUUGAUGCACACUGGAAACUGUUGAGCGUGAAAAACCCAGCAUUGUUAGAGUUCUUGACACAAACUGAUGCGCCUGGCAUCUACUACCAUUACAUACCUGGUCAGUUUAUGUCAUGGAAAGAGCAGGUGUCCUUAAUGUUUUGUACACUUGUAGCUGAUGUAAUACUUCCAUGAUGGUUUUAACUGUUCCUUAAUUCAUUAAUCAGUUGGUUUUUUUACACUCAAGUUGUUACACAUUACAUAUGUAUAUACUGUUAACUUUGACGCUGUGGACUUGUACUUUUUAAGUUAUUGACCAAUGUCAAUUAAAGAUGACUAUUUUUAAAUGUGUCAAUGGCCUGUAUAUCUCAUGUUUGGAGAUUUGACAAAUGUGUGCUUUAGAAAAGUAAAUCCACGGAAAGGAAUAAACCUUUUUUUCCUGAUGAAA